GAGAGUUCAAGAUGUCUCUUAUUAACCUUUAUAGUGUCCAAAUUGGAUGUAAAAUAAGAGUUGUUCUAAUGAAUGCUCAUCUUGUCAUUCUAUCUUUGAAUAUUAUUUUCAUCCUCAUAUGUAUAAAACCUUUGAAUGUACUUAGUAAAAUUGUUAUCGAGAUAUCUGCCCAGGAUAUCAUGACGAAAAAGAUUUCAGGUGAGAUAUUUUGUUAAUAUAAAUAAAGACAAUUAAAUCCAUUAGUUAGAAAUGGGAUAAUGAAAAUAGUGCCUAAGAAUAGAUUCGAGGAGAAACAACCAAAAACAUAAAUCAAGUUCCCAAGUAUAUAUGAAUGA